AAAAAAAAAAUCCACAAACAGAAACAUUAACUUGCUUUUUACUGGGAUCUGAGGAAGCAAACACUCUGCUCGUCCAAUAGAAACAGAGGGUAUGUAAUACAACAAUACGUCUGUGAAACAGCUAUGGCCGGCUAGAUUCAUGUGGAAGGUAUAUUAUUAUACCGAUAGUUACUAAAUCACUGUAUCCUACAGGCAAUUUUUCACAUAGGGGAGGGACAUGAAAGCUACAUAUAACUGCACUUCAUCUAGGUGAAGAUGGAAGCCUAUAAUUUUCUGUACUUACUUUUUUUUCCCCUGGGAGACAGUAUCAAUGCACAAUGCUCCAAGAAUGCACUUGGUUGUAUGUUAAUGGAGGUUUACCUAAACUUUAAAUAAUACCUUUCGUUUCUCCACACGGGGUUAGCCUCAAACCAUUCAUGCUUCUCUGCAAUUACAACGUUGCUCAAGCUUUUAUUUCCUGUUUAACAGUAGCCGUAUAAUGACAUAUGUUUUCUUUUCGUCUUUAUGACCCAAUCAGCAAAAUGUAUUUUGAAUAAUUAGUGGGUUUGGAUAGAUCAGAAGUAAGUGUUUGUGCUAUAUGAUACGGCGUUCUCUUGGCUGUGGUCCUUAGUGUCAUACUAAAUUUUUACCUUUUAGGGUUAGUGAACCUGAAAGGCCACAGUUGCAUAAUUGACUUGUACAGGGUUUUUGUAAAAGACCUUUGUUUUAUUUAUAACAAAAAGAUCUUGGGAAUCUUGCUUCUGAAGACUCUGCAAAUCUUUUUGUUGUCUGCUAAAUUAUCCUGUAAUCCAUCUCAGUUGCCAAAGCAUUACAAAGCUUCCUUUGGGAAAGGUGAGUCAUCAUUAAUAAUGCUGCCAGAAUAGAACAGUUUACUAGCUGUUUGAAAGAGAAUCUUAUUUUGUUUGCUGCAUAAAAUGACAAACUAUGUCUCUUGAAAACUUAGUCUUAUUUAUUGAUAUUAGGUUUUAUGGGGUUUUAAGUUGUUGAAGUAUUCCUUGAUCUUUCUGGAAGUAGAGAGUAAUUUAUGUUCCUCUGAGUAUGUUCUUGAAAGGCAGAGAACUUGCAAAAGAAGCAAUAAUACCAUUUUUCUCAAUGAGUCCUUUAGGAACGUUAAAAGUAGCACAGCAGCUGAAUUUUAAGGUAAAGAGGACUAGAAGCCUUGGGGAUGAGCUCUGGAAACCGAACAAUGCACAGUUUACUUUGAGGAAGGGACGGAGGAGCAAUUGUUUGAACAAGUGAUGUAUUCGUGAUAAUAACACUAAAAAAAAGAGGUGGGAGCAAUAAGCAGCUCAAUGCUACUUUAUAUCUGCUUAAAUUGUUGGGGUGUUUGUCAGGCCUCGUUUAAUAAACACCACUUUUUGCUUUUUAAUGAUCGAAAUGCAUAGCCUUGAGUCAUACUUUCAACUGGGGGUGCGUGCGUGUUUCUGUGGCAGGAAAGAUGACACUGGAUACCAGCCGUAUCCGUCUGAGUGGUUUGUUUUGCCAGAAGUUCCUGAUGCUGACACCACAAAUUGAGUUCCACUGGUGUUAAGAACAGUGACAAUUUUGUUGGAGAAAGGCUACUGGUAUUUCGUCUUCUGUACCCUUGCCUGGAGCAAAUCCAGUUGAUACGAUGCUUAAAAUGUCAGUGGUUUGUUUUUUUUUAUCAGACUGUAAUGCCAGUAACACCGCCAGAGCUAAACUGAUUGAGAAGAGGCUACAGAGGGCCAAAUUUUCAUCACUGACUGGAUGUGAGCAGGCCAAAUGAUGCCGGUGGAGCUCUUCACGUUUUGGGAACUGAGGGGGCUGCUUUGUGGUCCCACUUCCAGCACUGAUCUCCUUAACGUGUGCUGGGUCACUUUACCCUUCUGCCCACCUUGUGCGUGCAGGUUGGCGGCUCUAGGGGCUGACCUGAGUAUGUGUCAGCGCUACACGGCACGUCGCCUACAGCAAAAAGAUCCUUUCCCCACAGCAAUUACGUGCUAAUGAAACCACAGUCACUACAACUUUAAAAAAAAAGUGCGUGAGAUAAGCAUAUGCAUUCCUGGCGUAGCCAAGCUGUCCUGCUGUGCAGCUCUAGACGCUGACAGAUGCUGUCUCAUCACAGGGUUACUGCCUGCUUUACAGAGGAUUCACCUUUCUACUUAAACAAAGCCCUCAGUGAACACGGAAUAUUUAGUUCUCGUUUUAAACUGUGAUCUUUUUAAGAUCUUUUCUCCCCCCUCUUUCUGAAUCGGUGUGCAUCUUCUGAUGCAAGCCUGGAAGAAAAUAGUAAUUAACCAAAGUGAUGUCAGGUGCUCAGAGCUUCUCAAAAUACGUGUAACCCUGCAAGACCAAGCCUCGUAUCAGAGAGAGGCGUACUUCUGGAAAUAGGGGUGCAUUUUUUACUUUUCCAACUAGAUUAUUCUCAGUGUAAUGAUAUAAACUCACCAUUUUUAUUUGCUUUGACAAAUAGCCAGAUGUGUCAGCUUCCAUUUCUAGAGAAAAUAUAUAACCCAAGUUCUGUGUUAACUUUUGACUGUUGUAUAUUGAAAGACUAAAAACUGGGUUAAAGCACAACACAAGUCAGUACCCUGAUGGAGAAGCAAAGGAGGAGCAUAAUGGCAUUUGUUUUGUUAAUGCUUUCGGUCUGUCUGCUUUGUUGGCUUUCCCUUUUGUGUGUGGAUGUAGGUAAUCCAGCCUGCUAGGAGGAUUGCUUUAGAAAGGUCAUGAAUUACUGCUUUUGACCUUGUUUGGAGGGAACGUAUAAAUUAUUGGAAGAAAAUGAGUAACGAAGUUCAUUUUAAUGACUUUACUUGGCUUCUGCUGCUAGAUAUAGCUUGCAUAAUCACAGCUGUAGUAAAUGCAAGUGAAUUUUCUCUCCUUUGUGUUUUCAGUCUUUACAGCUGUUAUAAAUUGUCAUUUCAAACAGGGAAAAAGUAAACGUUACCUCGAUAGGUGAAUUAGUCCAUGUGACGCAGAGGGUUUCAGAGAAGAUUAAGUAGGCAGAGACACUCGUCUGGAGCUCUGUCUCUUUGUUUUGGUUUUUUCCGUCAGUAGCAGAAGUUGUCCUGCACGUAACUUUUCUCCCUCUGAAUUGGAAACCUCUGGUGUAUUUUGGUUGCUUUGUCAUUGUCGUUGCUGCUGUACUGAAGAAUGUCCUUACUCUCACCAGGAGAUGAAGAUGAACCAGAGCGUUUUGAUGGUCUUUCUCUCUUAUACUGGACUAUCAUGGGCCCUCAUGGAAUCAAUCGAGCUGUUCACCGCAUUUCUUUUUCUGAUUGUCAAAAUGGACUAGGAGUUAAAAUUAUUGGAGGUUAUCGGGCACAAACAGCAGAAGAUUAUGGGAUUUUCAUAAAGAGAAUUCUGCCUGGAGGGAUUGCUGCUGUAGAUAGCCGUUUGCUCACUGGUGACCUAAUUUUGGAUGUCAAUGGUGAAAACUUAAUUGGAGUAACCAAUGAAAGGGCUGUUGACAUCUUGCGAACAGCAUCAGCCUCCAAUCACAUAUCUCUGCUAGUUGCUAGAGAUGAAGAAGCAAAGAAAGAAUUUCUUGACCUGAUGGAUAAGUAUGGCUCUCACAGCGACACCAACUCUGCAAGUUCUCCAACACAACUCUCAGUCGCAAAAUCUACAGGCAGCCCUCCUUCUGGCUCAUCCUCAAGGUCACAGAGUCCUCAGUUGCAUCUGAAGGAUAAUAUUACGACCAUCAGCAGAAAUAAUUCUGUUCCAGCACCGUCCCCAAAGCUUGCAAAGGACAGUGCAUUUCAGAUUAUCUCUGUUUGCAAAGGAACAAGCCUAGGUUUGAAUAUUAUAGGAGGAAUUAAUAGAAAUGAAGGGCCUUUGGUGUAUAUCCAGGAUAUUAUCCCUGGUGGUGACUGUCAUAAGGAUGGACGAUUGAAGCCUGGAGAUCAACUUGUAUCCAUAAACAAAGAGUCAAUGAUUGGUGUCUCCUAUGAAGAGGCAGAAAGUAUAAUCAACAGACCAAAGAUGAGGUUUGAAAGUUUUUGGGAGAUAGCUUUUAUUAGACAAAAAAAAAUUCCCAGUUAUUUAGAGAAUCUGCAACGUCCUUCCAGCCUCUUAACGUCGUCUGUAGCAUAUGGAGAGCAAGAGGCUGCAGUACUUAGUCCUGCUGCAUCUCCUAAUGGGAAGCUUGUUUCGAUGUUCACUCCAAAUGCUAUGGAAACCGGCGUCAGGAUGGGAGAGCAAUCUCCAAUUACUUCUCUAGACAGCAGUCCUACUGAUGUGUCUGCCACUGUUGUUGCCCCCAGCCAGAGUGAUGAUUAUGAUCUGCAAGGGAGGAACUCUACUAUUCGUCUCAAAGCAGAAAAGCUGGAGAGGGCAUUGAAUUAUCUUGGGAUUCAGCCCACAGAUGAACAGCAGCAACCCCUAAGGCAGCAACCUCAGAAAGAUUCUAAAGGAACAGUGUCUUUUGGAGAUUUCGUUGAAGUUUCGAGGAAUCUGUUCUCUAUGCAAUUGAAUGCAACAGACGAUGGCCGAAAACCUGUAACAUUUGGGGUCAGUGAAGUGGCCAGCUUAAUGGAUUCACAGUUUGUAACCUGUGAUUCUUUGGAGGAUGACAUGGAAAGACUUAAGAAAGAAAGAAAUGAAGCUUUAAAAGAGAUAAGUAAAUUGAAGGAAAAAUUGUCUGAAUCUGUGAAUUUACAGAAACAGUUAACAGAGGAGCUAGAAAUAGUCAAGCAAGAAGCCAAGGCAGCUGUAGAAGAGACAAGAGCCCUGCGAAGUAGGAUUCAUCUUGCAGAAGCUGCACAAAGGCAGGCUUGUGGGAUGGAGAUGGACUAUGAAGAAGUAAUUCGCCUAUUAGAAGCUGAAAUUGUGGAGCUGAAGGCUCAGCUCGCUGAUCAUUCUGGCCAAAGUAAAGAUAACAUCCAAGACUUGAGAAAGAGAGUUACAGUGCUCGACUGCCAGCUGAGGAAAUCAGAAUCAGCUAGGAAGACCUUUGAGGUGGCUGCUGAAAAAUUGCUACAAUUUGUAGAGGUUGUGCAUGAAAUUCUUUCAGAUAACUCUACUUCCUCAACAGUUUUAAGUGACAGAAGAACAACAUUGUCUACUAAAGCAUGGUUGGGAAGGAUUGGACCAACUGUCACAACAGCUCUUGCAGCAGAAGCCAGAGACCUCGCCAAGUCUGUCCGUGCCAUUUUGGAAGUAGAUUGUCUGCCUUAUGGAUGGGAAGAAGCUUAUACAGCAGAUGGAAUCAAAUACUUUAUCAACCAUGUGACACAGACGACGUCAUGGAUCCAUCCUGUAACAAGCGCACUAAGCUUGCUUGGCUCUGAGGAUGAUGACAGUGGAAUAAAAGAGCUUCCCGGGUCCAAGAGCUGAGGACGUCUCUUGACAGAAUGUAGUUUGUCCAGUUUCAGUACAUUCGUGAGAAGAUGCACACUUCUUAUCUACAUACCUUCUAGUCCAAUGUAAUAGUACCUGAUGACGUUUGUCCCCUUCAAGUCUGAGGAAGUUCUGCCGUUUUUUAGGUGGGUUUAUUCAUGGGUGCUGCAAAAGAUGCAGGCACUGCAGAAGUCUCUGUUCGGUCCUUAAUCUGUCCCAGUUUGGCGUGCAGGGAGCAGUCUUAUCUUAAGGCCUGAUCUGGUCCUUUCAUGACUUCUCUUGGCAUAACUCCACUGACCUCAAGUGGAAGUUUCACAGCUCUGUCCAGCAGAAGAGUUAAGAUUGGGACAUUGGUUGCAGUUUCACAUGGUGAAUUCCAGGUAGUGGCUGAAUGAAAGAUGCAAGGUGAGCUUUUAUCUUUUUUUAACCAGUGCUAGUGAGUGUAAUGUAGAUGCCUUAACUACUGAAAAUUUUUAUUUUUAUGGAAGAAAGUUGCAAAUAAGUUUUGCUAAUAGAAAUUUAGCAAUUUAUUACAAGUAUUGGAGCCAUGAUGACUUUUAAAACAAAUAUUUUGUAAGAUUCAGUUUGGGCUUUAGAAAAAUGAGUCUUUGAUAAGUUGUCAAGUGAAAAGAAACAGUUUUGGUAGAGGACAUCAUACUCUGUCAACAAUAUGAGGCAAGAAUGAAAAUUUUUCUACUUUUGUACUCUGCUAAGCUGAUAUAUACAUGCAUCAAAUACUUCAGUGGAAGCUGUGAAGUUUCAAGUACAAUGAAACCUGUGAAACCACCUCCAGGAUCAGCAGAAAUCAGUCACCUCCUCAAAGCUGGUCUUUAAGUAGAACAAAAUCAUUAUGUACACGUUGGUGAUGAUUUAAAGAGGAUAUAGAAAAUGACAGGGGGUGCUGGCGCAAUCUUAAUGAACAGGUUUCACUGCACCUCUGUCGUGGUUUAACCCAGCAGGCAGCUAAACACCACCCAGCCGCUCGCUCACUCCCCCUGUAGUGGGAUGGGGUAGAGAAUCGGAAAAAAGGUAAAACUCAUGGGUUGAGCUAAAGAUAGUUUAAUAAGCAAAGCAAAAGCUGUGCACGCAAGCAGAGCAAAACAGGGAAUUAAUUCCCUCCUCCCCAGGGGCAGGCGGGUGCUCAGCCGUCCCCAGCACAGCAGGGCUCCAUCGUGCGUAACGGUGACUUGGGCAAAUGCCAUCGCUCCCAACGUCCCCCCCUCCCUCCUCCUUCCCCCAGCUCUAUGUGCUGACCAUGACGCCAUACGGUGUGGGACACCCCUGGGGUCAGCUGGGGUCACUGUCCUGGCUGUGUCCCCUCCCCACCCCUUGUGACCCCCCAGCCCCUCGCUGGUGGGGUGGGGUGAGGGGCAGAAAAGGCCUUGGCUCUGUGUAAGCGCAGCCCAGCACAUCCCUGAGUUACCAAUGCUGUUUUUACCACAAAUCCAAAACACAGCCCCAUACCGGCUACUGUGAAGAAAAUUACAGCAGCCAAAACCAGCAUGUUUUCCACCCCUUAUUCCAUACCAUUCACAUCAUGCUCAGGUCCCACACUAUCCGGUACAUUCUCGUUACCCACCUCCACCCUUCCAUGCUUCGAUAUAAUACACGGGUAUCAUUCCCUUACUCUAUGGACCACCCCUGUAAAGUGUCCACAGAAUGUCCACCAAGUUCAUUUAGUCCAUGACUUUGGGCUCCAUGUGUUCCAGCGGUCACUGAGGGCAGGAGAGGUGGUGUGUUGGGUGGAGUUACUGGGCACCAAAGCCAGCUCAGCUCAGGUCACUACUGCACUUGCACAGCUUCUUGUAAGGCUUCUCCUCCAUUGGUUCAGAUGGUUCCUGCUACACUAAUGCCCAUAACGUGCAGCUCAAACCAUGGGUUACAACAAUCUAAAGGUAUUUCCAUUACAGUGUCCACUCCGGUCCUUUUGGGCCAGGUUAUAGGGUUUAGCACAGACUAUUUUAAAUCUCAUUAUUCGCAGCACAGUAUAUGAUGCCAGCUUUGUCAAAUAUCUUAUUCUGUGCUACAUUUUUCUGGAGGCUGUUUAUAUAUAUCUCUGUGUGUGUGUAUAUAAUAUAGAUGAUGGGUGUUGACUAAUGAAUGAGAGAAGGACCUGAAGCUUUGCAGCAGCACUGAUGACUAUGCCAAAGGAAAGCCCUGUCUCUGACCUUCAGCCCAAGGAGAACAGGAAGGUAACAGUGUGAGGCAGGCAUAGACUUCAGUCUGCAUUUUUCUGAGGAGUGCACUUAAGGACUUCCGAACAUCCCUGGAAGGGUUCAGGCACACUUCUGCACUCUGGCUCACCUCUGCUGACAGGUACAAGGGAAUGAGGCAUUUUUUUGGAGGGCUGUUGCAGCAGGUAUGGCACUGGAUUUAAAAAUCCUUGCACUCUGAGGAAUGGAUAUAAAGACCAGACUUACCUGCAGUUAUGGUGCCUGUGCCACACUCUCUGUCCGUAGCAUGACAGAGCUGUGCCAAGUCAGGCACGCUGUAGCUGUUGAUCCUUUUGAAUGAAAAAUAAUAUACAGUCUUUUUAAAACCCAGGUCAAGGCUCUUCUUUGAAUAGCGUUUGGCCUGUGAGCUGUAGAGCACAUCACCAAAUGUUCUUCCUGGAGGAGCGAAGCGCAGCUCACAAGAGAGUUCUUUGCAGGCUUUGCUGGAAGUAGAUGUCGGGAUAUAUUGACUAAGCAAAUAGGAAAAUUUGUUUUGUACUUUUAACUAGGUCAGAACCAAAUUAUCCAUGAAUGUACACAGGUGAUGUGGAUUAGGAAGAAGAGCUUGCUCAGCAGACCCACAGGAACUUACAUUUCUAAGAAAACUUCUCAUAGCAAUAACACAUAAAUGCGUUAGCCAUAUUUUGCUCCGGUUGCUCCUACAAGCUUCACAGCCGCCUUUGUGUUCCCAGGGAACACAAUCUGAAGGGUCAGAGCACGUGCUUUGGUUUCAGGGUUGGACACUGGAGAAGCAUUUUUAUUUCAAUCCCUUUUCUGCGAAUGGCACAGCCUCGUGACCCAUAGAGGAGAUACAUUGCUCUGAAUUCCUUGCGAUUUGUGCUGUAGCCUUAGUGGUCAUUUGGAUGCUUUAUGACAGGCGUGUUCAGUUCAUACUUCCGUGCUAUCCAGCUUGCACAUAGAUUCCAGUUUUCCAAUUCUGUUCAAGAGAGGUUUGAAUCUCCGCUUGACCCUCGCAGUCUUGAUUUAUUCUGCUAGUGGCUCAGUGACAGCUAGCUGGGUCUUUCAAAUGGGAGAAGCUAUUUAGGGACAGAGAGUAUGGAUCAGGCAGGCUGCAUGAGCAGAGGCUUCACGGAGAGCAAUUUAAAGCUGUCCUUGUGUUAGAUCAGCUGGAGGAGGACAGCUCUGCACACCCUGCUCGCCCUUCCCGGGGCGCUGGUAGCGGUCUCUGGCUCCGAGCAUGCAAUGCCCAGCCUGCUGUGCACGAGGGAGGGGGGCAUCGAGGCAAAAUGUUGGCCAUCUGCCUGCUCUGCUUACUGUCUGCACCCACAGAUGAGAACAUUUCAGAAGCUUGGAGACUCUCUCUCCCUCUCUCUCAUAAAUUUGGCUAGGAAUUAAAGACAUUAGAAAUAGAUCUCUAACUAGCUGCUUCUCCGGUAAGCACUACGUCUUCAGAUAACCUGCUAGUUCAAAUUCUCUGUUAUUGAGACUACUGUUUCAUACCUACAAUCUCCAGCUACAAUCUCCAAAUGUUCCAAUCUAUUUCUGUACGCUGGCAUACUUGUUUCCUAGGUUAUUUCUCUCUAUCUCCCCUUGUCUCUUCCUUUCUGUGAAAUAGUUUGUGAAAUUAUUUUGAUUAAGCUGAACUGUGUAUAUUGAGAAAGUGGUUCUAGGAUAACUUAAAAGAAAUUUGUGAAGAGCGGUUGUCAACAAACAUAACACUGUAAACAACAACUUUUCAUUUUUAUUCCAGAAUAAAAACAAUUUAAGUGGAA